AGGUGCCUCCCGGACCUCCGACGUCCCCAGUUCAUCCCCUCCCAGCGCCCUUGAUGGCUCCAACACCACCGCCGCCUACAAGUGCUACGACGACUUCACCGGGGUCCAGCUGAGCUUCGUCCUCCCGCUGCGCCUGGAGCUCUUCAUCGUCCUCUUCCUCCUGCCCUUCACCAUCACCAUCUUCUGCUACACUAACUUCGUGCAGGCUCUCCUCGCCCGGCCAAAUAUCCCGCUGGAGAAGAAGCAACGGGCCGUGGGCUUGGCCGUGGCCACCAUGGUCAACUUUGGGGUCUGCUUCAUGCCCUACAACAUCUCGCACCUGGUGGGCUUCGUGGAGAAGAGGAGCCCGGGGUGGAGGGUCUACGUUUUGCUCCUCACCAGCCUCAACGCCGCUCUUGACCCCGUCAUCUUCUACUUCUCCUCCACGGCGGUGCAGAGGGCCGUGGCCGGGAUAGCGGGGGCCGUGCGGGACAAGCUGCGGGUCACG